AUGGCGAACGCGGGCGCCCCGACGCCCUCCAAGGGCCUGCAGCGCCGCUUCAAGGGCUGCUCCAAGAUUGGCGAGUAUGAGCUGCUCAAGAAGCUGGGCGAGGGUACCUUUGGAGAAGUCCACCAGGCGCGGCACGUCCGCUCCGGCCGCAUCUUCGCUAUGAAGAAGAUCCUCACCCACAACGAGAAAGACGGCUUCCCCAUUACAGCCCUGCGCGAGAUCAAGCUGCUCAAGAUGCUGUCUCACGAGAAUGUCCUGAAGUUGGAGGAGAUGUCUGUUGAGCGCCCCAAGGCAGAGGGCAGAAAGCGCGCCAUCCUCUACAUGGUCAUGCCGUACAUGGACCACGACCUGUCUGGCCUGCUCGACAACCCUGACGUUCACUUCUCUGCACCCCAGAUCAAGUGCUACAUGCUACAGCUGUUCAAAGGCCUCCGCUACUUGCACGACAACCACAUCCUUCACCGCGACAUGAAAGCCGCGAAUCUGCUCAUCAACAACCGCGGACGACUACAGAUUGCUGACUUUGGCCUGGCGCGCCAUUACGACGAGCUUGUGCCGCAGCGCGGGAAGGGCAACGGCGAGGCUCGACGAGACUACACCACGCUGGUGGUCACGAGGUGGUACCGGCCGCCCGAGCUAUUACUCCAAUUGCGACGAUACACACCCGCCAUUGAUAUGUGGGGUGCUGGUUGCGUCUUUGGCGAAAUGUUCAAACGCAAGCCCAUCCUUGCUGGACAAAGCGACCUUCACCAGGCGCAGAUUAUUUUCGAGCUGGUAGGCUCGCCAAACGACCGCAGCAUGCCUGGAUGGAACCAGCUGCCCGGCGCAGAGCCUGUCCGAGCUUUCCCAACCAGCACUGGCCAGCUCUCCCAGAAGUUCCGGGAGCUCAGCCCGCAAGGCCUGGAUCUCCUCAGCAAGCUACUGAUGCUCGACUGGCGAAAGCGCAUCAACGCCAUAGAUGCUAUCGACCACCCUUACUUUACGGAGGAACCCAAGCCGAUGCGCGAGGAGGAUAUACCCACCUUUGCCGACUCACACGAGCUUGACAGGCGCAAC